AUGUUACAUGCCUUAAAGGGGCCUGGUGAUAUCAAAGCAUCCGGGGAUAUCAAAGCUUCUAAUUCACAAGAGAAACAUGCGGGUCCUCAUGGUAUUUUAAAAGGAGAGAAAAAUGAAAUUUGGCAUCCUGCAGAAGUAAAAACUAUUGAAUUUUCCGAUGAUCAAGACCCACGAGAAACACCCGAAUAUGAAAUGAAAUUUAAACAAUCUGUUGGAACGGAAGAUGUAUUUUUUGGUAUGGGUUUUAAAACUCCCGGUACUGCUUCUUGUGAGUGGCUCUCAAUUUUUAUCAAUCUUCCAUCAGAAAUUCGGGAAAAAGUGGAAUUGUCUGUCGAAUCUGAAGCGAUUGAUCUACGCAGUCCAAAGUAUCGUUUGCAUUUGCCGACACCACAUCCAGUGGAUCCCAACGUCUCUACAGCCAAAUGGCACACUGAAACUUCAACUUUAGAGAUUUCUUUGCGGCUCGUUAGAGAAUUGGAUGGCAUCAAUUUUUAAUAAUUGAAAA